CUCUCUCUCUCUCUCUCUCAGUGUGACGCGCAGAGUCCGCUGUUGCCCGCGGUUUUGCUCGGAGGCUCUGCACGCGCACACAGCAUCACUCACACACAGACUGCGCGCUGCGCUGAAAGUACAGUAAAAACCUUUCAGUGCGCUUGGACUGAACGCACAACAACCCCUGUGGACUUUACCAGUGUAGGUCCAAGAAAACUGGAAGAAAAGAAAUCUAAGAAAAAUGAUGAAAAGCACUCCGCAUGGGUACAAUUUCGUCCUUACAUUUCUGUUCUCUUCCACCUGCUAGCCGCUGGCACUGAGAUCGGGAGCAGGAUGAGAUGGACGGUCUUGCUGUGGGAGUACCUGUUGGUGGAGGUCACGGCGCUGGUGUGCAGGGCGGAUGGUGAAGCAGAGCGGCGGCUCGAGGGAUUCGUCGUGCUGUCGGGCUCAAACGGCUCGGAAGAGAGCGGCGUGUCCGAGAAGCCGCACACGCAGGACGAGUGUCGCGGCUACUACGACGUGAUGGGUCAGUGGGACCCGCCGUUCGUGUGCCGCACGGGCACCUACCUGUACUGCUGCGGCACCUGUGGCUUCCGCUUCUGCUGCGCGUACAAGAGCUCGCGCCUGGAUCAGAGCUUGUGCACAAACUACAACACACCAGUGUGGCUCAAAGGCCAAACGCCGUACAAGAAGACGGACCCGAGGCACGAUCCGACCAAGGACAAGACCAACUUAAUCGUGUACGUCGUUUGUGGAGUAGUGGCCAUCAUGGCGCUCGUCGGGAUUUUUACCAAACUUGGACUGGAAAAGGCGCAGAGACCUCACAGGGAAAACAUGACUCGAGCUGUAGCAAGUGUGAUGCAAGGUGCCUGUCAAGCUGAACAUGAAGAAGCCAUCGGAAGACAUGCACAGAACUAUGACAACAUGCAGGCGAGGGCAAACAAUAUGCAGGGAGCCCAAAUGCACAACAUGAGCCAGGCCCACCCCUAUCCUGUCCUCAGCCAGCUGGCCCAUGUGUACGAGCAACAGCAGCCUGGCAAAGAACUCAAUAAAUACGCCUCACUAAAGGCUGUUGCUUCAAAAGUCAACGGGGGCUUCUACAACAAGCAGCACUGCCACUUGACAGAGUUGGGAGCGAAGGGCAGCCUGCCCCUCCACUUGACAGAGUUGGGAGCGAAGGGCAGCCUGCCCCUCCACUUGACAGAGUUGGGAGCGAAGGGCAGCCUGCCCCUCCACACAAUGAGGAUGGAGCAUGUGGAGCCCACUGCCUCAUAUGUCACCGAGAUCCCCAUCCCCAAGCAGAAUGAACAGAAACCCAAGCCCACCAAGCCCCAUGUGCCACAUCAUCAUAUGGCCUACAGCUCCAACACCAUAGCCAACCCAGGAAUGCUGAAGGCGUGGGAGGGCACAGAGACUGUGGGUCGGCGCAAGACCUAUGGCCCCAGGAAGCCCUGCAUGGUGGGUCAGAUGAACGAGCUCCACACUGCCCGCAGUCACCACUACCUACCCACACAACCAUACUUCAUAACCAACAGUAAGACAGAAGUGACUGUGUGAAGGAAUGACUUGUCUCUGAAGGGCUCAUCAGUCUUUGUGAGCAGGAGAAAUGGAUCAUUAUCCUGACUGUAACCUUCACUCUGCCCCUUGGGGAAUGGAGGCGUAACUGCAGACGUGAGCUGGUCACACCAUGAUCGGCCACACAACCAGGCGGUCAGCAAGCAAUGACAACAGCUGAACCAGGAACAUUCCAUUGUUUUUGUGAAAUGUUCACUAUAAUUUAUAUCCAUGCCAAUGAUGAUAUGUUUGUGUUCAAUCAGUGAGAUAAUAAGCAGUUUUAAUUAAAAUCAAUCAGAAAGGAGUCAAAGCAAACAAGCAAUAAAAGCAAUCUAAUAAACUGACAAAAGAAGAAUAAUUGGGAAUAAAUGUUUACUCCUGUAAUUAAGAGGAAAUAAGUGCAGUGCUGAACCCAAAGGUUCAAGGGCUAGUGUGGCAUGUUGAGCACAGGGCCAGUAUUCCUUACAGUACCACAGCUGAUGUACAUGAUGUCUCUUUAGCACAGUUAUCUCUCAUAUGCUGCUGAGACUAAGAUCAUACUUAUUGCAUCUAAAAAUAUUUAGUGGCAGAUGCCUUAUUUGAAGACAUCCCGGAAAGACGUGAACUGUUAUAUCACGGACUGGUAUUUUAGGGCUGUACCUUUCAUUUUCAUACUAACAGUCCUCACUGUGUGUAGAAUAACAAACUCCCAAUUCAUUCAUUUACUUUGUAACAAGCCCCCAGAAAUGUCAUUCUUAAGAAAUGGUAUAAUCUCUUAGACAGCCAGUUUCUGCUGUAUUUGUUUCAGAGUGCCAUGAGGUAGCAUGUGAACUGGAGACUGUAGAGUAAAAAGCACUGUUAACUAACAUGAUCGCUCUGCUACAAAUUGUGCCUGAUGGCUCUUUAGCUUUGGAAAUGAGUAUUUGACCUCCCUUCAGUAUAGUUAAAAUGUUUUUUUUUAAUGUGUUGUAUUGUAUCCUCUUGAAGGCAUUAAAGCUUAUUGUACAAUAUUUCUUCAUGACAAUAGAUGUAUGUGCAGCUAAGUUGCAACCACUGGGUUUUAGCACUUUUAUUUCAGUAGUGAGUAGAUUGGGGGAGGCUUUUUUUUUUCCACACAGACCUUCUGGUGAAAUUGAUUUUUAAAGUAUAUAUAUUUAUACUCUUGCCAGUAUAUGUAUGCAAAUGAUACAGUACAUUGUGCCAAGAAUUAGCUUGUUAAAGUUGUGUUUAAUUUUA